AUGACGAAGGGUACCUCCAGCUUCGGUCGCCGCUCUCUUCACAUCCAGAAGCAUGAGUGCUCUUCUUGCGGUUACCCUGCUGCCAAGAUCCGCAAGUACAACUGGUCUGAGAAGGCUAAGCGAAGAAAGACCGUCGGUACCGGCCGCACUCGCUACCUCAAGGAUGUGUCCCGACGAUUCAAGAACGGUUUCCAGACUGGCACACCCAAGGGUGCCCGUGGCGCUACUGCCGAGAAGGCCUAA